AUGGCAAAGAGGCUAUCUUCACUGUUCUCCCUGUCGCGGGAUGGCAAACCCCAUCCUGAGCCACUCGGACCAGCACACCCGACUUACACGGCAGCUCUGACUACUCACAAAUUGCACAAGAAUCGCUUCACCGCAUCAUCUAACACCGAUCUCAUCGAAGGGUCUUCCGGACUUGCUCCUCCUCCUCUCCUCACCGAAACAGGACUUGUUCGUCCUCCAAGCAGCCAACGAAGUGGUUCAGAGAGCAGGCCUGGGAGUCGGGCGAGUAGUGGUCACAGUCAGGUCCACAGCCGUGAAGGAAGCAGGAGUCGCCCGCAGACACCGACGUUGGUGAUACCCUCGAACGCGCCUGCUCCUCCCGCGCGACCUGCAACACCAUCUUCUGGGAGGACAUCGAAAAGAGGCUGGGCGCCAGGGAAACAUGACAGACACAAGAUUGACGAUGGCUCCGCCCAUCGGAAAGCCUGGAUUGCUGGGCUACGGGAAUACGUCCCUUACGAUCUAGCCCCAUUACUCGGCGGGGAGAAGGUACCCGAGCUUUGGAACGAGCGUGGGGAUACCUUAAUCUACCUCUACCCACCAACUUCGCAGCGUGGCCCGUGUUUCAGGGUUGAAUCUGCCCUUUUGGCCGACUCGAGUACUCUUGUCAGCCUUCGAAUGCACUCCCCCACAUCUCCGGCGGACAACAACAACGACAUAGAACUGACUCAGUCGGCCUUCUCAGAUGCGAUGUUGAAUCCUCGACAAGGGCGGCCGCCCUCUCAGUAUUCCCAGGCCAGCUCCACCUACCGUCCCGCCCCAAAUUUCUCGGUUCCAAACUUGGUCACUGUCAGUGAGGAGAAACAUCUGUAUCUGCCUCUAGGAUUUGACCGAGACAUGUCACAACCUGAAUCUGAACCUCAUGAUGAUGACCUUGAGCUUGUCGUCUUGUAUCGUAAUUUCUUCGCCUUCCUGACCGGCGGUGCGUUGGUGGCAACCCCUAGACAAGUUACACUGUUCUCUGUUUUUAUAGGAAUCAGUACGAUACUCAAGCGAUUCUGUUUCAGCAACUCCGAUGGUUCGACAUUCGGCGAUGUACCGUCGAACAGCUUCUCUCGCUAUUGCGACGAACUGAGGCUCGCAGACGUGCGAUCUAGCCGCGAAAAAACGGUAGAAGCGAUCGUCCUGGGUGAGCAGUUGAGAUAUUGGCCUCUCUACAAUGAAGGUUUUGCACACGCUGUAGGGCGAUUAGUGGACAUCAAGUCUAUCAAUAGCCCCAAAUAUGAAAAGAUGUCGCCCAUCACGAUCAACCGGCUGGAACGGGCACACCUCGACAUCGAGCAAAGACUGUUAGCCGUCAGGAGCAAGCUCGAAGAUUUUGACUUCCCUUCAAUGUUCGCGGGAAUUGCGAACUCCCAAACUUCCACCGAGGCCAAACUUGUCCGGUUCAAGGAAUGGAAAACUGGAUUCUUGGACUUCAGACGAUUCACGUUGGCUUUCUACCGGCGUAAAUAUGGAGCCUGGCCACCCAAAGCGUCCUCGAAGAAGAAUAAUUUUGAGGAGAGCGGGCUCAACCGUCUCCUGCUGAAGGAGCUUUACAAAGAUUUCACAGACCUGUAUGAUGUCCUGGUGGAUCGCACAGCAAUUACAACACGAACGGUUGAUAUGCUUCCCAUGGACGACGACGCCGAAACAAACGACCAGAACGAAACGAUUCAGCAUGCGAUUCGCCGGGUGGAGAGUGAGUACGAUCGAGCCACGCCUCCUGUCGUACCACCCAUUCCAUUCGACACGCCGUUGAUUCCCCAGUUUUCGCACAGUUUCAACCGCAGGCACGUUGAAAUCGUGUCAGACCAACCAGCACUGCAGAGCAAGAAAUUAAAGGAGAAUGAGGUGAACGAAGUGUUGUUAGGUUCCUACAAUCGCGAGUCCAUUGCCGCGAGCCCCUGGAUCCAGGACUUCUUCAACUAUGAACGUCGUCUAGGGAAUGGCAAGACCCUUGAACAGAUUGUCGAUGCCAGGUGCGGGCAGUGGCUGUUCAUGUACGCCGUUCUCCAAGCUCUUCCGAUGACUGUGGUUGACGCCAGGGAUCUCAAGCAUACGGAAGGGGUCGAAUAUUUCUUGUGCGUCGGCCCGAGGGGCGGCAGACCAUGGAUGAAGGAGGAUCAAUCAGUAUCCCGAGCUUGGUACAAUGUUGCCAGUGGUGGCGGUGUUGUCAGCCUUCCCGCUGACCUAAUCGACCACAGUGUGGAAGGGAUCUACCGGCGCAGUCACUGCUGGACAGAGGCUACCAAAUGGGCGCAGUCUCCCCUGAACGGGGUAGUAUUCCAAACAGACGCCCCUACUUUCCAGCCUAUGAACCAUACUGGCCUUCAAAAGGAUUAUUUGAGUCCUGGACAACAGUCUCCAUAUGCUAGUCCGCUUUCAUCGCCCCUCAUGAGACCCAUCUCUCCCGCUAUGUCCAGUGACAUCCACAGCAGCAGAGAUAGGAGCUCGGUCAAUCUUGGACUGGAGGCCUUGGAUGCACCACCUCCACAGCAAAAGUCACGACCUACCUCCACACUUAAUCCGAACGUCACUUUUGAUGCAAUUUUGGGUACUACCGACAGACCGAAGACCAAAACCAAGAAGGGAAAGAAAUGA